AUGGUCGACCCCGUAAUUGAUGCGGGUGUAGCGGACACCUUGGAGGCACGUUUGGCUGAUGUGAGGAGACGCCACGCGAAUGGCGAGUACGGGACGAUCCCCUUGGUGAUCGCCAAGUUGGGCAUCCGGUCGCAGUGGGCGACGGAACACCCUUCCCGUCCUGCUUCUCUUCGACCGGUGCGCAACGCACGUGGCGUCAACGACGAGGUCGACGGUGGUGCACGAGUCAGCGGCAACGAAGGCACGAGGCAGAGAGGGGUGAUCAAGCUGGAGGUCGCCGGGCUGAAGGGCUUCGCCGACGGCACAGUGCCAAUUCUGCCCGUGGACGAUGUCGAGCUGCGCGGGGAGUUUCGAGCGGCUCACUUGUUCACCUUCAUGGUCAUCUCGAGGUGCUGCUCGCCGGUGGUGCAGCUGGCGCUCACGAGCUGUCGAGAGCGACUCGAUGCUGGUCACCAGGCAUGGCACUUCAUCAUGUCGACGUACCAGGUCAGGGACGACCUGUACAUCGGGCAGCUGGAGGAGAAGAUGACUCACAUUCGGAUGGGCGAGCAGGAGUCGGCGACGGAUUAUUGCAACCGUGCUAGACGGAUCCUGGCUGAGAUGCGGAUGGCGGGCGCUGAGUACUCGACGGCGUCCUACAUCACCCACAUCGUCAAGGGUUUGUUGCGCAGCUACAAUCUCAUGAAGAGGAUGAUGAUGGUACCCGGCACGCGCGAGUCCCUCGACGAGGACUCCAUCACCAACUACAUUCUUCAAGAUGAGGCGAUGCAGGAGGCCGAACAGCCCACAGAGCUCCUUCCGCAGGCAAACUACGCUGCAUCGACGAAGCUGAAUCAACAGCAAGGGCAGCGCGGGAAGCCGGGCGGAAGUGGUAGCGGAGGUGGGCGGUCGACGAAGGACGUCGACGAGAAGCGGUCGACGCGGGACAAGGGUCGACGAGGUGGUGGUGGUCGACGGCGAGAGUGCUGGAUCUGCGGCGACCCCGACCAUCUCUCCUUCGAGUGCCCCGACCGCGAUGACAGCGAUGAGGACGACAACAAGGGAGGCCGUGGGCGAUCGGCCAGUCGUCGCCCACGUCGAGAUGAGAAGCCGCGCAAGGAGAAGCAAGCGUCGAAGAAGACGCCGUCGACGAAGGACGUCGACAGCUCCAGGGGCAAGAGCCGAGGCGACGGGGAGGCAUCGUGCUCGAUGGUCGGCGUGGUGGAGCCGACGGUCUCGCUAGCACCGGAGGCUGGCGAGGACUUCCAGGCGGUGGCGGCAGCUGUGCAGGCCAACCCGAUGGUGGUGCUGCUUGAUAGCGGAUGCUCCCACCACCUGAUGGGGACGAAGGCAGUCUUCAUCGACAUGGGGCCAAGCGAUGGUGUGAAGCAUGUGAACCUGCUGUCAGUCGGCCAACUGAAGGAGAGCGGAGUGCAGCUGCAGGGCGACGGCGACGAAAUGCUGCUCGUCACUGCGACCGGGGAGGUGCUCGGUCGAGCACGCUACACCGGAUGUGUUCUCUGCAUCGACCUUUGCUUUUGCUCGACGCAUUCGCCGUCGACCGAGGUGGUGGCUCUGUGGACGAUCGUCUGGGCGAUAAAGACGACCACUGCCCUGUUGCAUGCGAGGCUCGCGCACAUCGGCGUCGAUACGAUCAAGAGCUCGGCGAAGCAUGAAGUUGCUGUUGGGCUCGACAUCACGCCGUCGAACGGAGCAGAUCCGUCGUGUGUCUCGUGCGUCGGAGGGAAGCUGGCGCGGCACACCUUCCCCGACAAGGGCUCGGACGCCGAGGAAGCAUUGGCUGUCAUGCACAUUGACUUGUGCGGGCCAGUUCAUGUGGCUGCCAAGGAUGGCAGCUUGUACUUCCUACUGCUGAAGGAUCGCCAUACUCGGUUCACGAAGAAGUCGGUGCUGUCGCUUCGCUCCGAUCAAGGAGGGGAGUUCCUCGGCAAGGCGUUCACCGACUUCGUCGACGGGAAGGGCAUCGUCCAUGACCUGACGUGCCCCUACACUCCGCAGCAGAAUGGGAUGGCUGAGCGGGAGAUGCGCACGACCGUCGAGUACGUGCGGACGAUGCUGCUACACAUGGGCGUGCAGCAUCACUGGUGGCACCUUGCUCUUCGACAGGCGGUCUGGGUGCGCAACUACUUGGAGCGGUCGACGACGCCGCCGGGGACGACUCCGUACCAGUUGCAAACCGGGACGAAGCCCGACCUCACGCUGGCGCGGGUGUGGGGCUGCAUGGUGCAGUUUAUGGUUCCUGAGCAGCAGCGCGGUGGGAAGCUGGCGCCAAAGGCUCGCUGGGGGCUUCACCUGGGUGUGUUGCCGGAGAGCAAGGGCUGGGAGGUGCUCGACCUGACCGACAACAAGGUGGUCACGUCGGUCGAGGUGAUCUUCUACGAGACGCUGUCGCUUGAGGUGUGGAAGGCAAAGUAUGGGCCGGCGUCGGAGCGGAGGCAGGCGCACCCGCCGACGGACACCUCGACGGCGACGAUUCCGUUGCUUGCCGAAGUCGACAAGCCUGCUGUUGAGGAUGUUAUGGAGGUUCUUCCCCCUCCCCCUGUCCUUGCUCCUCCGUUCCCCGUCGCAGAUUGGCCUGGUUCGGCACCUGUGUCGACCACCGACGAUGAGGGGAGCCUUGAGGCGUCGCGUGUGGCGCCGGCCCAUGGCAUCGCCGGCGGUCGACAAGGCGCCAAGCUCGUUGACCAGGAUGGGAAGCCGUCGGCGACACGGGAGCAGCAGACAGGGGAGCCGGUCGAACAAGAGGCAACAGCAGCGGUGCAGCCGACAGGGGAGCAGCAGCCGGGGCAGUCGACAGGGGAGCUGUCGAAGUCACCAGCAGACGAGCAGCCGAUCGACGGGUCGAAGCAGCUGGUCGACGACGAGGACGUUGACAAGGAAGGGGAGCAGUCGGCGGCUCGACGGCCACCGGAGCGGCUGAGCUUCCACGCCUGCCUACCGCGAGCAACCUUCACCACGGUGUUCAACGAGGUCGACGACGACCUGUUGUACGACGACGCCGAGGAGGAUGAAGACCUGCCGGAGCUCGACCCCGACAUGCAUGCCGACCCCGAACACCGCUGGGACAUCGCCACGAUGACGGUGAAGGAGGCGCUGUGGAGCUGGAAGGGCAAGGCGGUGAAGGCCGCCAUGGAAGAAGAGAUUCGUAGCCUCAUCGGCAUGGGCACUUGGGAGCUGGUCGAACGCCCACGUGAGGUGAACAUCAUGAAGAACCGGUGGGUGCUGACGACCAAGUACCGCAUUGAGGACACCGUCGAGCGCGAGAAGGCGAGGCUGGUCGCGAAGGGCUUCACGCAGGUGUACGGUGCCGACUACGACGAGACGUACUCGCCGGUGAGCAGAUACGUCACGCUGAGGAUCUUCUUCAGCAUCUUCGCCGUCCUCGACCUCCAUUUGAUGCAGCUCGACAUGAAGAACGCUUUCUUGCAGAGCAAGCUCGACAGGGUGCUCUACAUGUACCAGCCGGACUACUUUGACGACGGGACCGGCCGGGUGUGCAAGCUGUUGAAGAGCCUCUACGGGCUGAAGCAGUCGCCGCUGCUGUGGUACAGGGCUCUCGACAGUGUGUUGCUGAGCGCUGGCUGGAAGAAGAGGCAGGUCGACGAGGCGCUCUACUUCAAGGCCGGCGACGACGGAGUGACCUACUGGGUGCUGGUCUACGUCGACGACCUGCUUGCCGCCAGCUGCAGCACCGCGAUGCUGAAGGAGCUGCUGGAGGCUGCCUUCGAGCUGCGUGAGAUCUCGCCGGUGGUGAAGUACCUUGGGCUGGAGAUCGUGCGCGACAGGCCGGCUAGGAAGCUGUGGCUGCACCAGCAGGGCUACGCCGACAAGUUGCGCAAGCGCUUCAUCGACGAGGAGCAGGGCGGUCAAGUUCCGAAGACGCCGGUCUCGGUCGACGCCUACGCUCAGCUGACAUUCGACGACGAGGAGGCUCAGGAGCGGGAGGAGGAGGAGUACCGGCAGAAGGUCGGCUCGUUGCAAUUCGCGGCGACGACGACGAGGCCGGACAUUGCGUUCGCAUGCAGCAAGCUGGGGAACGGUCUCCCGGUGAGGAGCGACCAGCAUUGGCGCGAGGUCGACCGCUGCCUCGCCUACCUCGCCGACACCCGCGACACCGCCCUAGAGUUCGGCGGUGGAUCAGACUUGUUGGAGCUGAUCGGCUACGUCGAUGCCGACGACGCGGGCGACAAGCAAAACCAAACGAGCACGGAAGGCUACGUGUUCAUGGAUGGAGGGGCCGCCGUCUCCUGGCCGAGCUCGCGCAUCAAGUGCGCGACAUUGUCAUCGACCGAGUCGGAGUAUGUGGCGACCACGGAUGCCGGCAAUGAGGGUCGUCGAAUUCGCUUCCUCCUUGCAGAAUUCAAGCUGCUCGACGCUGGGAAGCCGACCAUCCUCCGCGUCGACAACAAGUCGGCAAUCACGAUCGCUGAGGGCUUGGGGUUGACGGGCAACCUCAAGCACAUGGAGCGACGCUACGCCUGGCUACAGCACAUGGUGAGGCGCGGGAAAUUUGUGCUGAAGUACAUCCCAUCCACUGAGCAGCCGGCGGAAUUUCUGACAAAGGCGCUGCAUUUUCCAACUUUGAACUGGUGCUCGGUCGCCAUCGGCCAAGUUCGUCUGGCCGACGUUGGCGACGGCAACGACGAGGUGCAACAGUAG